AUGAGGAUUCCUUGCGACCAGUUACUAUUGAUAUUUUCUGGCUUUUGGGGACUGACAAUGGGCGCUUUUCCAAGCAGCGUUCAGAUCGGUGGUCUGUUCAUCAGAAACACUGAUCAAGAGUACACUGCCUUUCGAUUGGCUAUCUUCCUGCACAACACUAGCCCCAAUGCCUCAGAAGCCCCCUUCAACCUGGUGCCUCAUGUGGACAAUAUUGAGACGGCCAACAGCUUUGCUGUCACCAAUGCCUUUUGUUCACAGUACUCGCGCGGCGUCUUCGCCAUCUUUGGCCUGUACGACAAGCGAUCGGUGCACACGCUGACGUCCUUCUGUGGCGCCCUACACAUCUCCCUCAUUACACCCAGCUUUCCCACCGAGGGUGCCAGCCAGUUCACCCUGCAGCUGAGGCCUUCGAUCCGCGGGGCGCUGCUCUCCCUUCUCGACCACUACGACUGGAACAAGUUCGUGUUCCUGUACGACACAGACCGGGGAUACGCCAUCCUGCAGGCGAUCAUGGAAAAGGCAGGCCAAAACAACUGGCAGGUGAGUGCCAUCUGUGUGGAGAACUUCAACGACGCCAGUUACCGACGGCUGCUGGAGGAUCUGGAUCGGCGGCUAGAAAAGAAGUUUGUCAUCGACUUAGAGGCCGAAAGACUGCAGAACAUGCUGGAACAGAUUGUCAGCGUUGGCAAGCACGUCAAGGGAUACCAUUACAUCAUGGCCAACUUGGGUUUUAAGGACAUUAACCUGGAGCGCUUCAUGCACGGUGGGGCUAAUGUGACCGGCUUCCAGCUGGUUGACUUCAGCAACCCAAUGGUGAUCAAGCUGAUGCAGCGUUGGAAUAAGCUGGACCAGAGGGAAUAUCCGGGCUCUGAUGCCCCACCCAAGUAUACCUCUGCAUUGACCUACGAUGGGGUGAUGGUGAUGGCCGAGGCCUUCAGAAAUCUGCGGAGGCAGAAGGUGGAUAUCUCGAGACGGGGCAACGCCGGUGACUGUCUGGCCAACCCUGCUGCCCCGUGGAACCAGGGCAUUGAUAUGGAGCGCACCCUCAAACAGGUCCGGCUGCAGGGAUUAACAGGUAAUGUCCAGUUUGACCAUUACGGCCGCAGGGUCAACUAUACAAUGGACGUGUUUGAACUGAAGAAUAAUGGACCCAGAAGGAUUGGCUACUGGAAUGAUGCGGACAAGCUGGUGUUGAUCCAGGACUCCCCUCUGCUCCCCAACGACACCUCUGGGAUGGAGAACAGGACUGUUGUAGUCACAACCAUCAUGGAGGGUCCCUAUGUGAUGCUUAAGAAGAACUGGGAGCUGUAUGAAGGGAACGACCAGUAUGAGGGCUACUGUGUGGAUCUGGCCUCGGAGAUCGCCAAACACAUCGGCAUCAAGUACAAGAUCUCCAUCGUCCCAGAUGGAAAGUACGGUGCCAGGGACCCAGAGACUAAGAUCUGGAAUGGCAUGGUUGGGGAGCUGGUGUACGGGAAAGCGGAAAUCGCUGUGGCCCCAUUAACUAUCACGCUGGUCCGGGAGGAGGUAAUUGACUUUUCCAAGCCUUUCAUGUCACUGGGCAUUUCCAUCAUGAUUAAGAAGCCCCAGAAAUCCAAACCUGGCGUGUUCUCCUUCUUGGACCCGCUGGCCUACGAGAUCUGGAUGUGCAUUGUGUUUGCCUAUAUCGGCGUGAGCGUGGUGCUCUUCCUGGUCAGCCGCUUCAGCCCGUACGAGUGGCACACCGAGGAGCCCGAGGAGGGCACCGACGGUCCGCCAAGCGACCAGCCCCCCAAUGAAUUUGGUAUCUUCAACUCUCUCUGGUUCUCCCUGGGAGCCUUCAUGCAACAGGGCUGUGAUAUCUCACCACGGUCAUUAUCGGGUCGUAUUGUUGGUGGAGUGUGGUGGUUUUUCACCCUCAUCAUCAUCUCGUCCUACACAGCCAACUUGGCUGCCUUCCUGACUGUGGAGAGGAUGGUUUCCCCCAUAGAGAGUGCAGAGGACCUGGCUAAACAGACAGACAUCGCCUAUGGCACCCUGGAUUCUGGCUCUACCAAAGAGUUCUUCAGGAGGUCAAAGAUCGCCGUCUACGAAAAGAUGUGGGGCUACAUGAAGUCCGCCGAGCCCACGGUUUUCACCAAGACCACCGCUGAGGGCGUGGCACGUGUCCGCAAGUCCAAAGGGAAAUACGCCUUCCUUCUGGAGUCCACCAUGAACGAGUACACAGAGCAGCGCAAGCCGUGCGACACAAUGAAAGUGGGAGGCAACCUGGACUCUAAAGGCUAUGGAGUGGCCACUCCCAAGGGUUCACAGUUAAGAAGUGCAGUUAACCUGGCAGUGUUAAAACUCAAUGAGCAAGGCCUGUUGGACAAAUUGAAAAACAAGUGGUGGUACGACAAAGGAGAAUGUGGCAGCGGAGGCGGUGGUGAGAAGGACAAGUCUUCUCAGGCACUAAGCCUGAGCAACGUGGCAGGGGUCUUCUAUAUCCUGGUGGGGGGCCUGGGUCUGGCCAUGCUGGUGGCCCUCAUCGAAUUCUGCUACAAGUCCCGUAACGAAGCCAAGAGAAUGAAGGUGGAGCCCCAGUCCCAACACCAACACCUCCAUUACCACGACCACCCUCAUCGUCACGCUCAUCUAACCAGUCCCUGCCCUAGCCCGGCCUCUAGCCAAAGCCAGAGUCCAAGACCAAGCCCCAGCAAAAGCAUCCACAAUUUAGCCGAGUUUAGUGAGGUUUUCAACGGUUAUGGCAGCGAUGGGGAUGUUUAUAAGAUGUAG